AUGGAGGAAGUUGUAUACAGAAUAGUCUCCGAAUUCGAAAUCCACCACUCUCUUCUCGAAAACCCAAAUUCCUCAACACCCAUUUCAGAAUCAGUACUGUUGGACCUCCAAACCCUCCUAGAUUACACCUCAAACACCAAGGACCCAAUCGACAUUGACUGUCUCUUCGACGAAUUGUCCUCCAAAAACCUCUCUGUAUCCAUUCUCGUCCGUACAAUUUCUUCAGCAAUGGAUUCUGGACCCACCCAUAUCGGUCUGUUGGCCUCAAAGGUAUAUUUGUCUCUUCUUCUUUGCCCAAAUGCCCCUGUUUUCACGCUCUUCACUCCCAUGGCUUUUCUCUCUCUUCUUCGCUCCAUUCGCCGGUCCUUCAAGAAGCCGAACUCGGGCACAGUGGGCCAUUUAUCGUCUCAGCAUCGGGCCAGGAGAAAAAAGGGUGGUGGGCGAGGCGGGCAGUUGAGAAAUCGGAGUCAGAAUGUUCAAGAUGGUGAGAAUGAGAGCGAAGAGAGGGUGUUUGAUGUUAGGGUAUUGUUUUCUGUGCUUGAAAGGUUAGAGCUUGUUCUGUGCUUGAUUCAUUUGGAUCGGUUUCCGGAUAGUUUGAAGAGUCUGGUUCAAGCUGUGGCUGAAAUUCCGGUAAUGGCGAUUGAAUUGUGUGGAAAUUCGGGAAAUUAUGGCAAGUUAUGUCAUUUGUGUUCGCGGGUUUUAAGCGAAGUGUUAAAGGCUGAGCAUGGAGAUCAGUCUAUUACCGCGGCUGAGGUUUUGAAGUCAUUGUCUCCAUCGAUUCUAUUCCUUAAAUCACAAGCUCGGGAUUUUGCUUUGGGGUUUAUAGUGAAUAAAAUGAUGGUUAUGACAAAAGAUUCUAGUGAAAUCAAAAAAGCAAUUGUGAAUUUGCCCAAGUACUUGGUACAAAAGGCUCCGGAGAGGUCCGAGCCAAGGGCUUCAGCUGUGGAAUCUAUAAUGGAGAUUGUUAAAGUUAUGGAAUUUGGUGAUCAAGUUGGCUUUGCUGAAUAUGUAGUUAAAAUGAGCCAAGGAAAGGCACAACUUAGGCUCUUGGCUGUGGACCUUGUUCCAAUGCUAAUUAUGUCACUCAGAGAUCCAUUGGGAGUGAAUACGGAGAGUGGAGUCGAGAAUUCAUGGGGGUUGAGAUGUUUGGAAGCCUUGAUUCGGAGGUGUUCCGAUGUAAUAGCAGGGAUUCGAGCCCGGGCUUUAACAACUUUGGCUCAGUGCGUGGGGUUUUUAUCAGAUGAUGAUAGGUCUCAAACUGUGUUGAAGGAAGUAAUGGGAUUUGGUAAUGAGGGGACGAAUAGUGUGGAAGGUGGAAUUACUGAUAUUUUGAGGCAACGGUGUAUGGAUGAGAAGGCAGCCGUCAGGAAGGCUGCACUUCUUCUAGUAUCAAAGCUGAUGGCUCUUCUUGGAGGGGCACUUGAUGGAGUUUUGCUAGCUGCAAUGGGCAUGGCUUGUUCUGAUCCACUUGUUAGCAUAAGGAAAGCAGCAGUUUCAGCUCUAUCUGAGGCCUUUAGGACAUUCUCGUAUGACAAUGUGACAAAGGAGUGGCUACAUUCUGUUCCACGUCUCAUAAGUGACAAUGAAUCUAGCAUUCAAGAAGAAUGUGAGACAAUGUUCCUAGAACUGGUUUUGGACAGGGUAUCCAGAGCAGGAUCUACUUAUGUCCCACAUGAAGAAUCCGUAUUUUCUGAUCCAAAUGGAAAACUAAAAGAUUUAGAAAGCAAGAUUGACUUAUUAUAUCCUGAGGGAGUUUUGGGCUUAUUGAAAGAGAUCUGCGAUGGAGAGGUGACACCUUGGGUGAAGAAGAUUUGCACAAGCCUAGGGAAGAAGAAAAGGCUGAAGGCUAAAAUUGCUACUGCACUUCAAAAUAUCAUAAGAACGUCUGAAUUUCUGUGGUUGAGCCAUUCCAUGCCAAUAGAGAAGUGGACAGCACCUCCAGGUGCUUGGUUUCUUCUGUCAGAGGUGUCAGCAUUCCUUUCAAAAGCCGUGGACUGGGAGUUCCUUCAUCACCAUUGGCAGCUCCUCGACAAGUAUGGACCAGAAGGAGAGCUCAAAAGCCCACUUCAGAAUGGUGAUUUGGAUGAAGAGGUGAUGGGCAUAGAAUCCCAUUCUGUUGCUUGGGCCGGAGAUCGUGUCUUUCUACUGCAAACAAUUUCUAAUGUUUCUGUGGAGCUGCCUCCAGAACCUGCAGCAGAUUUAGCCCAUAACUUGCUCAAACGAAUUGAGGAGUUUGACAUGCAUGCAACGGAGGUUAACGCCCAUGUUAGAGCACUUAGAACAUUGUGCAAGCGAAAGGCUUUGAAUCCUGAGGAGGCUAAUUCCCUUGUUAUGAAGUGGGUAGGUCAGCUUCUCUCUAAAGCCACUGGGAUUCUGGAAAUGUACAUGUCAAAGGACACAGAGGCAUACAAAGACAGUAGCGUUCUUACACCUCUGAGUGGGACUAGGAAGGCCAAGAAAGCAGCAAUAAAACUGCCCACCUUAGUAUCACAAGCAAUUACUGCAGUUUAUACUAUUGGAUCUUUGGUUAUUGUUUCUCCUUCAGCUGAUCUAAAAACCAUUAUUCCAGUCCUACACACCAUUAUCACUUCUGGGAGUUCUGAUCUAGAAUUCUCUAAUUUGCUAGGACCUGCUGUUUCUGUAAAGCAAAGAGUCCCUUCCUUGUAUAUUCAAGCUUGGCUAACUAUGGGUAAGAUCUGCCUUGCCGAUGGAAAACUAGCAAAGCGUUAUAUUCCUCUGUUUGUGCAGGAGCUUGAAAAGAGUGACUGUGCAGCACUUCGGAAUAAUAUUGUUGUAAUGAUGGCGGAUUUUUGUGUACGGUAUACUGCUCUGAUUGAUUGUUAUAUAUCAAAGAUCACAAAAUGUCUUCGUGAUCCAUGUGAACUUGUUAGAAGGCAGACAUUUAUACUACUAUCCAGAUUAUUACAGAGGGACUACGUGAAGUGGAGAGGAGUUCUUUUUCUUCGAUUUCUAUUGUCCCUUGUUGAUGAAUCAGAGAAAAUUAGACAGUUAGCUGAUUUCUUCUUUGGGAAUAUCUUGAAAGCCAAGGCGCCCCUUCUAGCUUAUAAUAGUUUUGUGGAAGCAAUUUUUGUAUUGAAUGAUUGUAAUGCCCAUACUGGACAUAGUAAUACUCAGAGUUUGCGAACUGAAAACCAACUUUUCUCUCUCAGAGGUAAUGACGAGAUGUCCAGGUCUAAAAGAAUGCACAUAUAUGUUUCAUUGCUGAAACAAAUGGCUCCAGAGCACCUUUUAGCGACAUUUGCUAAGGACACAGAGGCAUACAAAGACAGUAGCGUUCUUACACCUCUGAGUGGGACUAGGAAGGCCAAGAAAGCAGCAAUAAAACUGCCCACCUUAGUAUCACAAGCAAUUACUGCAGUUUAUACUAUUGGAUCUUUGGUUAUUGUUUCUCCUUCAGCUGAUCUAAAAACCAUUAUUCCAGUCCUACACACCAUUAUCACUUCUGGGAGUUCUGAUCUAGAAUUCUCUAAUUUGCUAGGACCUGCUGUUUCUGUAAAGCAAAGAGUCCCUUCCUUGUAUAUUCAAGCUUGGCUAACUAUGGGUAAGAUCUGCCUUGCCGAUGGAAAACUAGCAAAGCGUUAUAUUCCUCUGUUUGUGCAGGAGCUUGAAAAGAGUGACUGUGCAGCACUUCGGAAUAAUAUUGUUGUAAUGAUGGCGGAUUUUUGUGUACGGUAUACUGCUCUGAUUGAUUGUUAUAUAUCAAAGAUCACAAAAUGUCUUCGUGAUCCAUGUGAACUUGUUAGAAGGCAGACAUUUAUACUACUAUCCAGAUUAUUACAGAGGGACUACGUGAAGUGGAGAGGAGUUCUUUUUCUUCGAUUUCUAUUGUCCCUUGUUGAUGAAUCAGAGAAAAUUAGACAGUUAGCUGAUUUCUUCUUUGGGAAUAUCUUGAAAGCCAAGGCGCCCCUUCUAGCUUAUAAUAGUUUUGUGGAAGCAAUUUUUGUAUUGAAUGAUUGUAAUGCCCAUACUGGACAUAGUAAUACUCAGAGUUUGCGAACUGAAAACCAACUUUUCUCUCUCAGAGGUAAUGACGAGAUGUCCAGGUCUAAAAGAAUGCACAUAUAUGUUUCAUUGCUGAAACAAAUGGCUCCAGAGCACCUUUUAGCGACAUUUGCUAAGGUAUGUGCAGAGAUCCUUGCUUCUGCAUCAGAUGGUGCGCUCAGCAUAGAGGAUACUACUGGAAAAUCGGUUCUGCAGGAUGCAUUCCAAAUUCUCUCUUGCAAAGAGAUCCGAAUUCCAUCCAACCGUGGGUCUUCAUCUGAAUCAGCAGGCAUGGAUGAAGAAAGUGGAGAGAGUGGAGAAGCAUCAGCUGCUAGAGGAAGAAUCAUAACUCAAGCUGUCAAAAAGGGCCUUAUCCAAAACACCAUCCCCAUAUUCAUAGAGUUGAAACGGCUACUGGAGAGCAAAAACAGUCCCCUCACUGGUUCCCUUAUGGAAUGCCUCCGAGUCCUUCUCAAGGACUACAAGAAUGAGAUUGAUGAUAUAUUGGUUGCAGAUAAGCAGCUCCAGAAAGAGCUCAUUUACGACAUGCAAAAGUAUGAUUCAAUGAAAAUGAAAUCAACGGCUGCUGAGGCUGUUGCUACCAUGCAAAGAUCAGACACCUAUCGUUCACCAGGUGAGCCUAAGGCUGUCAGUGGACGCAAUUCACAAAAUAAGUUCACAGAGAAGCUGCAUGGCAGUUCAAAAGUGGCGUCAGCAAUGGCAGAUGCAGUGGCUGAAGCCACAGCUCGGUCUGUGCUCAGGGAAGUGAAUCUGGGCGCAUCAACACCCCCACUUUGUGCCAUGAGUGUGCCCAAGCUCAAGCCUACAACGGGAAGAACACUUUCUCAAGGAGACCAGGCUGCUGCCGUGCUAGAAUCUUUGAGGAGAAGACAAUCUUUUGAGUCUGAUGAAGAGUAACUAUUACCUUUCGUGAACUGCUUAAAGGGCAAAGAUAGGCUCUGAGGCCUUAAGAUGGGAACAGACUCUGUACUGUAUAAUUUUGAACCUUAUUUUGGCGAGAGAUUUGG